UGUUGUUGAUGAAUAUGGCUUAUCUAAAUACAAAGUUUUGAACUUUUUUAGAUAGCCUGAGGGAAUGAGUUUGAAGCAUUUCAUUCCAGCCAACGGUUGUUGUUGUGUGUGGUAGGAAAUGCUAUAGCUAAGUUUGUGUACUAAUCUGGCUAAGUCGGUACAAUUUCAGCUGAUUUUUACUAAAAUUGACCCAUUUCUGAUGGUAUUUAUAUGGAUCUAUAUAGAUUAGGGAAAGUGGAUGAGCUAUAACUGGGUGCAAGCUAGUUUAAUUAGUUCAGUGUUGUAUCUGACAUAUUUGGUAGCUGUCUAAUUCUGAUCAGUUCAGUCUCACCAAAUCACAUUGGGACUACUUGCUAGAUUUUUUUUUCCAAUUGUUGGCCUCUGGUUUAGAUAUUUGGCCCUUAAUUUGGUUGAAAUUCACAUUUUAGAAGAAAAUUAGCCAUUUCAAUUGAGUGCCUCCUGUUUAUACCGUUGUGUAAUCAGGUCUGCUAGAUUGUUCAAUUUAUUGUUAACAAUUUGAAAUUUUUAACAUGUUCCUCAAGAAGCAUGGCUUUAGCUAUGCCAUCCCAAUAAAACAGUAAAAUUUUCAGCUUUUAGGCCCGAACUGAUUUUAUACAGAAUUUCAGUUGGUCGGUUCCUCUGUUAAAUUUCUAUGUGUUUCCAUAUACAGGUAAUGAAUGCAAUGCCUGUAUGAUUAUUAUCUUGUGGUUUGCAGGAUGAUAAUUCUCCUUUUGGACUAUGUAAUUCUGUUAGUACUAGUCAAGGUUUGUAGGAUGAUGCUUUUCUUUCCACCAGAUAUGUAACUUCCAUGGCUUUGAUCUAUAUAUGUUCAUAGUUAAUUUGUGGUAAUAUCUGUUUGUCAGAAUUCCCUAUAUGAUCUCGGUCAUUUUUUUCCUAUAUUAGCAAAAAUAUUUGUUCAUUGACAUACAGCAUGAUUGAAUCCCAUUAUUCUUUCAACCCUAGCUCUGCUUUCAAUCUUAAAAGAGCUAAUCAACGAAUUUACUACAAGCUUUUGACUGCUGUUCAAGGAAGCCAGUCAAAGGAGUGCUCAAGACAAAUCAUUGUGUAAAAUUGUGAAGGUUCAUAUAUUGUCAAUCUUGCACUUGUUUUCAAUCAUGUGAGAAGCCAACUGUUUUAUCAAAUAUAAUUCUAGGAAGGUGUUUCUUACAAGGGAUGAUUUCUUGUCUUGGUCCGAGGACCUUGCACUUGCCUUACUUUUCCUUAGCUUUGUUAUCUAUUAUGACUUGAAAAUGGGCCACGCAGCAUCCACUAUCAACAUCCUUUUGUUUGAAUCCGAAGCAUUGAAAAUAAAUCGCAAAUUUCAUGUUCUAUAGACUCAGCUGCUGUUGAUGUUUUAUGGUGGCUGGAUCUUGAAUUCUUGAUACGCAGCCUCAAGACAGGAGUGAUGGAACACAUUAGACAUGAAAAGGGCUAAUUCAACCAUACACCGUAGCCCUAAAAUAAAAAUACUAAAAUAAAAAUCUUGUUUUUUACGGGCCAUGUUAGCUUUGCUUCAACGUCAGAAAACAAAGCCUUUUGUGGGCUUGCAUUCGGUUUUAGCAAAGCAUUUUGGGUGUUUGUGGGCUUUUUCCUAGCUCACCCUGGCAAGCACAGCCUGGAGAACCAUGCUGAGUGCGAUCAAGACGCGAGCCUAGCCAAACGGCUUGUCGUAAACUAAGUGCUGUUAUUUGCUUUCUUUCUGCUUUCUAGCCUGCUAGUCAAGACUAUCCAGGUUCAUCUCAACAUAAACAGGGAAGAAGAUUCCAGGAAGACCAAAUAAAAGAUCAUGAGGGGAGGGAUGCUUACUUCUCCUUGCCCUUUUAGUAUCAGACGACAAGUCGUCUGGGAAAUGAUGACGAAACAACAUAAGAAAAAAAAAACAAAAUUAUCAACUUAGUCGAUCAAAACGACAGUCGUUCGACUUGCGCAUUUAACCCAGACUAACAAUAAUCGAACUCAGAAAAGACGUGUGGUUAGCAACAGUGAACACUGAACAAUCUUAGCAAAUCCCCAAUUUGGUUAACAUCGCCAUCACCAAUACCUCGCAAAACCUCAACCUGUAUUCAUGAUUCAGCCUUCACUUUAUGCUGCCAUAGCGGAAGGAUGAUGCUAGCUAGGAGCCGUAUACGUCUUUCACUAGCCGCUUCUACUCCAGUUCUGAAAAAUAGUUUUCGGGUUCAUCAGAUAAUGGGUAUGAUUGAUUCCAUUUCCUAUCUUCAUACUUGUAGUUCCAGCAGCAAUAGUAGUGGACAUGUGAGAGAAAAGAGCAAAUAUGUUUCAUUUAGUAUAAUUAAUGAUGCCUUAGCUUCCUUUAAUCAGAUGAUUCAUAUGAACACCCUACCUUCUACUGCAGAAUUUAAUAAAUUGUUAUCUGCACUUGUGAGAAUGAAACAUUACGAAACAGUGAUUUCUUUGUGGAAACAAAUGGAAUUUCUGGGAAUUUCACUUGAUAUUUAUACCAUUAACAUUUUGACUAAUUGCUUCUGCCACUUGCGCCAUGUGGAUUUUGGAUUCUCUCUUUUGGGGAAAACAAUCAAACUUGGCUUUCAGGUUGAAAUUAUAAUGCUUAAUACUUUAAUUAAUGGGCUUUGUAGAAAGAGUAGGAUUGUUAAAGCAGUGGAAUUGUUUGAUGAGAUAGUGGCUAAUGGGUAUAAACCUAAUGUUUAUACAUAUACUGUGAUUGUGAAUGGUCUGUGUAAAAUUGGGAAAACCAAUGUGGCUUCUGGUUUGCUUAAGAAGAUGGUCAAGAGAGGUUGCAAGCCUAAUGUGGUGGCUUAUAGUGCCAUCAUCGACAGCCUUUGCAAGGAUAGCCUGGUUACUGAGGCAUUAGACCUUUUGUCAGAAAUGAAGACUGAAGGAAUUUUGCCUAAUGUCGUUACUUACACGGCUUUAAUUCAUGGUAUGUGCAAUUCAGGCCGAUGGAAAGAAGUCUCACUGGUUCUUAAUGAAAUGCUGGAUGGGAACAUCAAACCAAAUAUAAUUACCUUUAAUGUGUUGGUUGAUCAACUCUGUAAAGAAGGAAAACUCUCGAAGGCUCAAGUUAUGCUUGAAAUAAUGAUUCAAAGAGGAAUACAGCCUGAUCUUGUCACCUAUAAUUCAUUGAUGGAUGGAUAUUGUCUGCAGAACCAAAUUGAUGAAGCUAGAAAAGUAUUUAACAUGAUGGUAAGCAAGGGUUGUACACCUGAUAUUUUUACUUACACUAUCCUCAUUAAUAGUUGCUGUAAGAGGAAAAGGGUAGAUGAGGCAAAGCAGCUUCUUGAUGAAAUGCAUCAUAAAGGCUUAACUCCAGACAGUGUUACUUAUAAUUCCCUUAUACGCUGCUUGUGCCAAGCAGGGAAUCCUUGGGCAGCACAUGAGCUUGUGAAGAAUUGACGUGCUAGUGAUCAUCCUCCAAAUAUAAUAUCUUACUCAAUUUUGCUAGCUGGCUUUUGUAAACACAGGCAUCCCGAUGUGGCAUUGACCCUAUUUCAUGAAAUGCAAAACAGCAUGUUGAAGCCUAACUGUUUUGUCUAUAAUAUCCUAAUUGAUGGUUUGUGCAAAGCUGGGAUGCUUGAAGCUGCAAAGGAACUCUUUUCUAGAAUGUCCAUUGAAGGGUUGCAGCCUAAUGUUUAUACAUAUACUAUCAUAAUCAGUGGACUUUGCAAAAAAGGUUUACUAGAUGAAGCAUAUAAGAUCUUUAGGAAAAUGGAAGAGGAUAGCUGUUUACCAAAUAGUUGCUCAUACAAUGUGAUUAUCCAUGGAUUUCUCUGGCACAAGGAUUUGGCAGGUGCAGCACAACUUAUUAAUGAAAUGGUUGGUAAGGGAUUCUCUGCAGAUGCUACUACCACUGCCUUGGUAGUAAAAUUAUUGUCCAAUGACGAUCUCAUUCUGAAAAAACUACAAUUAAAUUCUGAUUCUCUUAAAGAUGAAGUGAGUUUUUAAUGUCCUACUUCAACCCGUGUUCCGUAGAUGUGAGGAGAUUUCUAUUCGGUUGUAAGUUAUUGUUUUUCAAUCUGUUUCAAAAUGAAUACAUGCCACUAGUUAGAUGCUUUUGCUUUGUA